GUCGCGCCCUCUCGCUGCCUGGAGAAGGCGCGCGGAGGCAGCGCGGGCGACGGGAGCUGCCGGCGCCGCGGCCGCCGCCAGGGCAUGAGGAUGGCCGUGGGCUCCGUCAAGAUGCAGCCGCCGUGCGAGAGCCCGGCCCUGGCCCGGGCGGUGGCGGUGGCGGCGGCGGACAGCGCCCUGCGCCGCAGCCCCAGCGCCCGCGAGCCCGAGCGCGAGCAGCCGCCCGCACCGCCGCGGCCGCGGCUGCGGGACCUGCCGGCGCUGCUGCGGAGCGGGCUCACGCUGCGGAGGAAGCGGAGCGUCGCCGGCGGCCGGGCUCUCCAGAGAAGAAUUUCCAAUCCAUACCUUGAGCACACUUCUUCCCAGAUUUAUGGGGAGAAUUCUUCUUGUGCAGGAAGAGCACUGAGGAAUAUCAUUAUCGUCCAGGCAGCUGAUCUGAUCAAGGACAGAGUGAACCUCAAGGGAUUUUACAGGCGAAGCUGUGUUGGAUCAGAACUGGUCGACUGGCUUCUGGAACACUGUCCUUUCGUCCAGUGCAGAUCCACGGCCAUAGGGGUCUGGCAGCUCCUACUGGACAUGGGGAUUCUGUCAUCAGUGGACCAGCAUUUAUACUUUCAGGACACCUACGUUUUCUAUCAGUUUUCAUCUGAUGAAUGUAGCUACCUAUACUGUGAAUUCGAACGAGAAGAAGAGUGGCAAAAUGGUGUCAAGAUGUUACUGCAGCUUGUGCCUGUCAUUCGCACCAGAGCUGGCAUCUGUGAACUGUCUCAUCGGAAAAUCGAAGACUCGGAAGAAAGCAGUGAUGAAAUUCUUGCGCGUCUAACGUCUGCGGUGCAGAGAGAGCUAGCAGCUGUCAUUGCUUUGAAAGCAAAGAAGUCUGCAAUUGAACAAGACGAGGAGAGCAGGGACAAGCACGUACCUGCGGCAGAAGCUGACGGUGUUCCAGAUCCUCAGGCAGGGGUGAUGUGCAAGCUUCAGGAGAGAGAGGACAUCGGGCGCAUCGAGCUGGUCCAGAAGCUGGCGAGGGAGAACUGUCAGUUUUUGCAGACGGACAAAAAAGAACAGGACAAAUCUGAACACGAUGGUGAGGUGACAACCGUCAGGGAGCAGGAGCAGAGCGUCCUGGUGCUGAGGAAAGUGCAGCGCAGCGGCCCGGCCCCCCCAGGCGGGGGCGCCGACAGCGAUUGGAGAUACGUGGUCGUGUCCGGGACCCCCGAGAAGAUCUUGGAGCACCUUCUGAAUGACUUGCACCUGGAAGAUGUCCAGGACAAAGAAACAGAGACCCUCCUCGAUGACUUCCUCCUCACGUACACCGUCUUCAUGACCACGGACGACCUGUGCCAGGCGCUGCUGAGACACUAUUCUGCCAAGAAGUAUCAAGGCAAAGAAGAAAACUCAGAUGUUCCUUGUCGGAAACGUAAAGUCUUGCAUCUUGUCUCCCAGUGGAUUUCUCUGUACAAAGACUGGCUACACGAAGAUGAACACUCCAAAAUGUUCUUAAAGACCAUAUACAGGAACGUACUGGAUGAUGUAUAUGAAUAUCCAAUACUUGAAAAAGAAUUGAAAGAAUUUCAAAAGAUACUUGGAAUGCACCGUCGUCACACCGUGGAUGAGUAUUCACCACAGAGGAAGAAUAAGGCCCUUUUCCACCAAUUCAGUCUUAAGGAGAACUGGCUCCAGCACCGAGGCACUGUGACUGAAACAGAGGAAAUUUUUUGCCACGUGUACAUCACAGAGCACUCAUAUGUCAGCGUGAAGGCGAAAGUUUCCAGUACAGCCCAGGAGGUCCUAAGAGUCGUGGCAGAGAAGAUCCAGCACGCGGAAGAGGACCUGGCCCUGGUGGCCGUCUCCUUCUCCGGGGGAAAGCGUGAAUUUCAUCCCAAUGACCUGGCCAUCUCCAAAUCCCUGGAAGCAUCUGGUCGGAUAUAUGUCUACCGGAAAGACCUGGCUGACACUUUGAACCCCUUUGCAGAAAACGAGGAGUCCCAGCAAAGGCCGUUGAGGAUCUUGGGAAUGAACACUUGGGAUCUUGCUCUGGAAUUAAUGAAUUUUGAUUGGAGUCUCUUCAAUUCCAUUCACGAGCAAGAGCUGAUCUAUUUCACAUUCAGCAGACAAGGAAGUGGGGAGCACACCGCGAACCUCAGCCUUCUGCUCCAGCGCUGCAAUGAGGUCCAGCUGUGGGUGGCCACGGAGAUUCUGCUCUGCAGCCAGCUGGGCAAGCGGGUGCAGCUGGUGAAGAAGUUCAUCAAAAUCGCCGCCCACUGCAAAGCCCAGAGGAACCUGAAUUCUUUCUUUGCUAUCGUGAUGGGCCUCAACACCGCUUCUGUCAGCCGGCUGUCGCAGACCUGGGAGAAAAUCCCUGGGAAGUUUAAGAAACUUUUCUCUGAGCUUGAAAGUUUAACGGAUCCCUCCCUGAACCACAAGGCCUACAGAGAUGCGUUCAAAAAGAUGAAGCCGCCCAAAAUCCCGUUCAUGCCCUUACUGCUCAAAGAUGUGACAUUUAUUCAUGAGGGAAAUAAAACAUUUUUGGAUAAUCUCGUCAAUUUUGAGAAGCUGCAUAUGAUUGCAGACACCGUCCGAACCCUGAGACACUGCAGGGCCAACCAGUGUGGAGGGGACGUGUCUCCGAAAGAGCACCACGAGCUAAAGUCCUACGUCACCCACCUGUUCGUCAUCGACAGCCAGCAGGCCCUGUUCGAGCUCUCCCACCGGAUCGAGCCCCGGGCGUGAGCCCAGCCGCCCCCUGAGCACCUGCAGCUCUCCCGCCACGGACGUCGGUGCCCAGCACGUCCCUUCCCUGGGAGAAAAAAAGCUGCUGAGUUUUAUCAGUAACUCACAAGACACGCUCCAGCCACCCGCGGCGGGGAAGGGCCUCGCCGCGCCUCGCCGUGCCUCGCCGCUCUCGCUCUCGGACGAGAAGGCAGAAGACUCAGAGCAUCUUGGCACGGGGAAGUCCGGUUCCUUACACGGACAUUGUUGAUCCCCUCCAGUUUUCAACCUGAGAUGUGCCAGCA